GAGGAGCGUUGGAGAAGCCGGAAGUUGCGCCUUCUUUCCUCGCCGUUUCAAAAUGCGGUUGAGGCCUUGAGGCCUCGGGGCCUGUGACUGACGCCCCCUGUCCCGCGCUUGGCGGGGGAGCGACUCAUGGAGCGGCCUUAAGGUCGCUCCAAGUCCCUAUUAUGAUGCCUCUUCUCCCUGAGGAACAAAGACUUAUUAGCAAACUGCAAAUUCUUCACUGCCAAAAUGACAUCAUUUCCCACCUCUGCCCAGUGUUCAACGUCUGACAGUGCUUGCAGGAUCUCUCCAGAACAAGUUAAUCAGGUACGACCAAAAUUGCCACUUUUGAAGAUUUUGCAGGCAGCAGGUGCACAAGGUGAAAUGUUCACUGUUAAAGAGGUCAUGCACUAUCUUGGCCAGUAUAUAAUGGUGAAGCAGCUCUAUGAUCAGCAGGAACAGCACAUGGUAUACUGUGGUGGGGAUCUUUUGGGAGAACUACUUGGACGUCAGAGUUUCUCCGUGAAAGAUCCAAGCCCACUCUAUGCUAUGCUAAGAAAGAAUCUUGUCACUUUAGCCACCAGUACUACAGAUGCUGCUCAGACUCUCGCUCUCGCACAGGAUCACAGUAUGGAUAUUCCAGGUCAAGACCAACUGCAGCAAAGUGCAGAAGAAAGUUCCAAUUCCAGGAAGAGAACUGAAGAAGGCAAUUUCCCCACACUGCCUACCUCACAGCAUAAGUGCAGAAAUUCUAGAGGAGAUGAAGACUUGAUAGAAAAUUUAACUCAAGAUGAGACCUCUAGACUGGACCUUGGGUUUGAGGAGUGGGAUGUAGCCGGCCUUCCUUGGUGGUUUUUAGGAAACUUGAGAAACAACUAUACACCUAGAAGUAAUGGCUCAACUGAUUUACAGACAAAUCAGGAUAUAGGUACGGCCAUUGUUUCAGAUACCACAGAUGACUUGUGGUUUUUGAAUGAGUCCGUGUCAGAGCAGUUUGGUGUUGGAAUAAAAGUUGAAGCUACAGAUACUGAACAGUCUGAAGAAGUAGGGAAAGUGAGAGAUAAAAAGCUGUUUGAAGUGGGGAAAAAUGAUGACCUUGAAGACUCUAAGUCCCUAAGUGAUGAUACUGAUGUAGAAGUUACCUCUGAGGAUGAGUGGCAGUGUACUGAGUGCAAGAAAUUUAACUCUCCAAGCAAGAGGUACUGUUUUCGUUGCUGGGCCUUGAGGAAGGAUUGGUAUUCAGAUUGUUCUAAGUUAACCCAUUCUCUCUCCACGUCUGAUAUCACUGCCAUACCAGAAAAGGAAAAUGAAGGAAUUGAUGUCCCUGAUUGCCGAAGAACCGUAUCAGCUCCAGUUGUUAGACCUAAAGAUGGAUACAAAAAGGAAGAAAACCCCAGACGUUUUGAUUCCUGCAACUCGGUGGAAUUCUUGGAUUUGGCCCACAGUUCUGAAAGCCAAGAAACUAUAUCAAGCAUGGGCAAACAAUCAGAUAACCUUUUUGAACAGAGAGCCGAUGCAGAAAACAUGGAGGAUUGCCAGAAUCUCUUGAAGCCAUGUAGUCUGUGUGAGAAAAGACCACGAGAUGGAAACAUUAUUCAUGGGAGGACAGGCCAUCUUGUCACUUGUUUUCACUGUGCUAGAAGAUUAAAGAAGGCCGGGGCUUCAUGCCCUAUUUGCAAGAAAGAGAUUCAGUUGGUUAUUAAGGUUUUUAUAGCAUAGUUGAAUCAAUGAAUUGCAAAGAAAUAUUAAUAGCGUCUGGCCAUGUACCAAAACAUCAGUGUUGAGCCUCUCCACUCAGUGUGACCCAUUGCAUCCAUUCAUUAAUUCGUGCAAACAUCUGUGUUCCAGGACAGUUUUGCUUAUAAAUUUACAUGUAAUUUGAGAGUGAGUGCUUUAAAACUAGAUUAUCAAUUUGGGGACUCCAUUGACAUGAAGAAAUAUGUGAAUGACUUCUUCCUUUGAAGAUGAGGAUCUGGGAGCACCUACCAGUAUAAGCAACACAUUCAUUCACUCACUCACCAAAUUACUUGAAGUCUAAUUUUUUUAGUUAAUCCCUACUCUUCUGUUAGAGAAUGUUCUUAGGCAUCAAAAUCCAAAGUGUCUAUUAGAAAAAUAUUAAAGCUAACAGUGAAAAAGCAUAAAUGAUUUGAUUAGUCCAGUGAUAUUAUAGUGCUACAGAUCACUUUGUGUUGCAGUCAGGCUGCAUGAGUCAGAGAGCAAAAGGAAAGUCUUAGAAAACAAGAACUCUCUUCCACAUGUGCCUAGAAUAAUUGUAUCAAACAUUUUUGCUAAAUACUCCCUAAGUUUUGAAAAAGUUUAUAUAACAUUUUGCAGAUUUAAAAAAAUUGAGGUAUAAUCACUAAUUCAUUGUUCCCUUUUGCUGGAUUGUUGACAUCUUAGUAACUAUACCAGACAAGCUAGAGAAUGUUUCUGUCACCUCAGAACAUUCCCUUAUGUUUCUUUCCUCCACCAUUUUGUGAAUCUCAUCCUAGAUUUCUUUUUGCACAUGUUUAAUUUGACUUCUAAUUUCUUAAAAUAAGUUUAGGUACUUAAAAUGUGUAUACUAGUUGUGUAUGUGCUUUAAAGAUAUUUUUGUCCAAACUGUGGAGCUAUAGAUUUAAGUGAUUAAAUUUAUAGAAAAAGUCCUAUCAUAUAAACUGGCAAAGUCUGACCUUGUUAUAAAAUUAAUCAGCCAAAUCAGACUUCGCUUUCAGUCAGAAAAUAAUUGAUUUUCUUUUUGACUCAAAUAAAUGCAUUAACACACAUUUCUGAUACAACCAUCUCAAUUAUAGUUCUAAGAUAGAUAAUUUUCCACCAAAAUUCUCUUUACUUUAGUCUGUCCUCAGUGUGCCUUGAGAGUCCUAUGGGGGUUUUUCCCUCAUCUUUUGUGUUGUCAUGUUUGAUGCCUCUAGAGAAAAAUGGCAAAUCUGAAGAGGUCUUAUUUGUGAUAACUCUUGGGACAAUAUAGAAAUUGAAGAUCUUUAAAUUGAUUUCCUUACAGAUAGCCCUAUCUGCUUUUCCCAUAGGGAAAAAAAAUCUUGAUGUGUAUCAAAGGGUAUGAACGUGCCGUUUGGAAAACUGAGGCCCUGGAUUGAUCAAAUUAAGGAUCAUAAGAGUCACCUGGGUUGCAUGUUCAGCAAAGCCCAGCUAACUCCCUGACACAUUCACACCCACACACACCCACACCCCAUACCUCCCUCCAGGGACUUCCAUUUGAACAAGUGUCCCUGGAAACUGGUGCUGGUCUAGGACCACCUUUUUGGAAGCACUGUCCUAGAAGGACAGUUAACUUACUCCUCCCACUAGGAGGACAGGAAAAGGUAGCAGAGGAACUUGAACUAUUUCUCCAUUGUUUUUCCUAUACCUGAGGAAUUAAACUGUUCCAGGUCUGGGUCUCCAGGCACUGGGGACAAGUAGAACCAGUCCUGCGAGGCCAGUGCUCCCUGGACUGUGGUAAAUGCUCUAAAACUUCAGAUAAGUCCCUUUGCAUUUCCCCCUUCAAUCCACUAUUUUGCUAAUAGUUUAAGUGCCUUCCAUUUUGUUUUCUAUUUACUGGUCAAGUGUUUGUAGGGAGAGAUGGACAUGAGCACUUGUGCCGCGUGUGUGUGUGUGUGUGUGUGUGUGUGUUUGUAUGAUUCCCCUUAUAUAACCUGCUUUUUUUUUUUUUUUUUUUUUUUUUAAAGAAAAUUUAAGAAAUGUUAAAAAUUUUGUGUUUGUAGCUAUCUCAUGGUAGUGUUAGGGGGAAAAGGAUGUCCUAAAGCUAAUUCCAUACAGGCUUUGUGGUGUCUGUAGUGGAGUAUUAAUAAGUCCCUUUUAAGCGCACGGGUGAGGACCCAGAGCCAGGAACCCGUUCUAUAUCGGGGCUGUCCUAUAACAGUAGUUCUGGUACAUCCUAGCCCCGCACGGAAUCCUGUGCCUCAGCUUUCAUCCUCCUGCCUUUGUUCACCGCUUCCAUUAGCACUAUUUAGAAGAAACUGUGAGUUUAAACUGAAUCUCACCUGUAUCUGAGGAAAUUGCUCAUCUUGAUCUUUUUUCUCGUUUCCUUUGUUUGAUGCCACUGGAAGUAUUUUUACACUCAGGCAGUGCUCUGUAGAGGCGUUGUGCUGCGGUACAGAAGUUUUACUCACGGGCCUCCCCGGUGGCGCAGCGGUUGAGCGCUGGGUUGCGAAGCUGCCCGCGGCCUCUGCGGCGCCGGUUCGAUCCCCGGCUGUUCCCCGGCCACCGGAGGAGGAUCCCACAUGGUGCGCAGACCUCUCCUGCCACCCGCUGCUCCCCUCAGCAGUGUACUUCAGUCCUUCUGCCUGCUCUGCUCCCCACUGUGGCUCUGGUGAAUUCUCUCACCCUCCCGCGCUUCUGACUGUACCCAGUGCAUGUAUAAACAAAACAAACAAACAAAUAUAAUUAAUAAAUAAAUAAACAUGCCUCUAUUUAAAAAAAAAAAAAGUUUUACUGCCACUAAGACUGCCUAGUUUGUGUAGGGAAUCUUCAUGGUUAGUAUUAACAGGCGAAGAAACUCUGGAUUUUCAAACACUACCAUUUACCUUUAGCCGUAGGUAUGUGCCCGUAGACUGGUUUUCUGAUACAGCACCAAUAUACUACUGUUUUCAGCAUCCUGUCUGGUCUGUCUCCUCUCCACCUUCACCCUCACAUGUCUCCAUUUGAACAUUAAACUAUAUCAUGUGCUCAUCCUACUUAUAGGCAAACUGCUUGAGUUGAAAUUUUGAUUGUGAGGAGGACAAUGUUAAAGUAGAUGUCAGUGGGAUUCAGUGUCAUGUACCACACCACAGACCUGUGAUUAAUGAAUCAUCUCCCAUCAGCAUCAAACUUCUUGUUUUACUUAUUUCAUAUUUAUGGUCUUGUUAUCCUGAAUGAAAUUCAGAGCAGAAAUGACAUUAGAAAAAACAUUGAAUUUCUAGAUUGUAGCUACAAUUGUCCUCCAUAUCUUAAUAUUAACUGCCUCUACUUGCACUGUGUCUGGUAAGCUUUGUAUUUAAUACUUAAAUCAGACUUUAUUAAAAAAAUCUUAGAUGAACCCUUUACAUUAAUAUUACCAUUUAUCCAUAGUCCUUCUGUACAAUAUAAUAGGUUCUUAAUCCUGGGCUUGAACAGUGGAUUAGAGUCCAGCCAUGCCAGCCUCAAAACUGCCAUGAACUUGUCUAAUGUAAUAUUGAAUCACUGCCAAGCAUUUGAAAUAUGCAGCUGUGUUUUAAUUAUAACUUAUGUUUAUUUAGAUGUGUGUAAUGCUUUGUAUGAUAUUUUGUUUAUAAGAAUUUAAUUUUGACGUUGCAUCAUUUGUGAUGUUUUAAAAUGUCAAUUCAAUGCAAUGUUGACUUCUUUGAAAAGGUGAUGACAAAUUGUUCCAGCUCAUGUUGUGUACCUCUUAAUUCUCUUUAGGAAAGAGGAAACUUGUUAACCAGGUUUUUGGGUUUUUCUCCCAUAGAGAGUUAUGUGAAUUUCUGAAAUACGUGGCUUUAGAUACUGUGAAUCUUUUGUUUUCCAUUUAGCAGAGUGUCUGCAUAGAUCAUUCAGACCCAUGUUGUAAAGAACUCAUUCGUUGGCUCUGCCAUUGCUGUGCACACACGCAUGGGCAAGCUGCCUGUGCCCGUGCUAGAAUGGCUGUAGCUAGGAGCUAGCUGCACUUCACAGAUAGAGGCCCCUGCAAACUCUCCUCUGUGGCAAAAGUAAAUGUACAGUGUUUAUGGUAUCUAGCGUUUUGCACUGCCAUAGUGAAAGCUGAGGUUCCUUUGCUGGAACUUCUCAGGCUUGUGAUUAGCAGAGUUGUAGUUGAACAUACGAGAAAAAAUUUUGAGGUCUCUAAAGCACACUUGGAAAUGAGUACAUGAAAGUAGCUCCCCAGACCUAAUAUGGGGACAGCUUUUCCACAUUGCUUUGAGACAUCCUUUCUGUCGAUAGAGCUGUCCUUGUUUGUCAUCGCUGUUUUUUUUUUUUUUUUCCUUUUAGGAGCCUUCAAGUCUCCUCUCUCCUGGGAGAAUGUCCCAUAAGCAUUUUGAGACCUUUUGAUGCAACAAAUAUGCAAUCCCAAGUAAUGCUAGUAUUGGUGACUGUGAUGAUUGUUUAGAGAAAAGAUUACCGUGAACCUCUACUGGGGUUUAUUGUACCGCUAACAAAAACCUUUUCAAUAACUGAAAACCUUAUAUUUGCAGGAAAAGGUAAUUCAUAUUUCUGGGUAGCUUAUCUCAACUCCAAAAUGCUGCUUCUCCUGCAGAUUGCUUUUCUUCAUCCAGGAUCCUUCCGUCUUCUGGGUACAUAACACUGCUGGUGGAACUCCUUAUUUCUUGGCAUAGCAAGGGUCCAGAAUCCUAAAAAGGGCCAAAUAGGGCUAUCAGAGCAAUUCCUUUCUCAGACAGUUGCUAUAAUUUAGCAAAUGCUUUAUUGAGAGUCAAUGUUAUCAUAAUACUGAGUUAUAAGCGCACCUAAUUUCUUAUCCCAAGACAUUUUUUUUUUAAACAGUAAGUACUUUGGUGUCAGAUAGGUUCCCUUCCUGCCUCCUAUUUUGUUUUCCCCCCCAGACUUCAAAAUUAUUACCUGCUUAUGGAGAUGGCUCUUAUACCAAAGGUCUUCUGUCUCACCCCUAGAUGGUUGUAUCUGCAGUAGCUGUUCAUGUCUUUUACACUUGCUCUUAGGGAGUGUCUCUUGCGGGGUUCAGUAGUGGAUUCUAGCAAUAAGGAUGAGAAGCUCUGGCCUGAGAGCUGCUGUCUAAUAAAACUCAUCUUGUAGUCAAGGCUGCCUUUGUGUGCAUGAGGGAGUGCGGGAAAUUAGCUCCCGGUUGUCUCAGUGCUAAGAAAUGGAGGUCAGCCAUCCCUCUUGCCACAGGAGGCUUCUUGUUUUUCCCUACAGCUUGCCUCAUUUUUUCAUUUUCUUUUAGAUGAGUAUCAUCAAAAUGACUCUUUUGAUUCUUACCCCCCCCCACUUUCCUCUUUUUAAAAGUAAUAGAAAAUAUUUUCCAGGGAGAAUGAAAUGUUUCUGACCUCUAGCACUUGGCAAAGUAGAAGUCUUCAGCUGCUUCUAAAUAGAACUCUCCUUAGUCUAUAGCUAGGAACCAUAAGUGCCUCCUUGGAUAGAGAUAAGCAAUAAUAUUCUAUCUCUAGUCCCAGUCUUAACCUUCUUAGACCUCCAUUUUUCUCAUCUGUGAAGUGAGUAAACAUGCUCUCUUUCUACCUCAUCGUUUGUUGUGGGGAUUCAUUGUGGGGGAGCAACUAAAAGACCUAGAAUUGCCUUCAGUGAGAUGUUAGAAGUUGUCGUAUUUUUGAUAAGACCAAGCUCGGGAGUAAUACUCAGAAUACCUCAUGUCCUGGUAGCUGAGCACAAGCACCCCUUCAUGCCUGCCUCGCAGAGCCUCUGUCGCUCCUUUUGCCCAGGCCUCUGUCCCACAUCCUCUCUGGCGUGAACCUCUCUCCUAGGGGUGUUCGCUCAGAGUUUGAGAGGAGUGUGUCUCUGUAGCAGAUGUAACUACCUUGCUGUGUCUUGAUACACAAAAUUCUCUUUCUACAUGCACUUGACUAGGCGGCAUAAAAUGCACUGUCAGUAAACAGAAAACAUGCAGUUUUCCAGGUAACAUAGUCUGAUCCAGUAGCCAUGGUCACAGGACUAGCAUGUGUGGAUUCACAAGAUGAGAAGAAAAGAAAGAUUUAAAUUAUGGUGACUGGCGGCCAGCUCACUGAAUGAAGCAAGCACCUGUUUCUGGCAUUCUUGCCUAAUCUUCAGAAGCACCACUAAGUCAUAGCUCUGUAUCUCCUUGAUGUUUGCACUAUGUUACGCUUUUAAUACCUAUUGGUUCUGUUGUGCUUUUUUUUGUACAUUAAAUAUUUUUCAUUUUGCCAUUUUGUGGCGUCAUU